AUGGGAGGCUCAAAGAACACUCCAGAAGAUGUCACUGAGGUGAAGAAGUGUCUUCAUCACGUCCUGGAGUCAAGGAAGCAGCUUAAAGAACUUGAGAACAAAUUGAAGGAGACGAUUACGGUUACAACUAAAAUGUUGAGUUCUUUGGACGCCGUGGGAAAUGGAUUCGUUAACACAACGAGGGCAAUGACGCAGCAGCUGGAGGGCCAGCCGUGCAGUGCCACCAGUCAUCGCUCAUCCGUGCCUGUGGGCACUUUGCAUGGCGCAACAAAACUGAUGUCGACCAUGCUGCGUGAACUGCGGGAGGGUGCCACGAUUGCCAACUACAAGGACAAAUUGCAAAAGAGCAUUUUUGACAAGCUGGACACAUUGCGUUGGUCAACGAAGAAGGUCUUGGAUGCUGGGAAUGAGUCGCAUGCACUUCUGGUCAAGUACCAUAAGAAGGAAGGGGCUGUCAAUGCAAAGGAGCAGAAGUACAAAAAGAAAGGCAGAGACCUCAGCACGAGUAAACGGUACACGAAGCAGGUAACAGAACGCGACAAGGCAAAGAGAAUGGCGGAAUUGAAGACAUCAUACUUUAAGGAUAUGUACGACAUUCACGUGGCAAGUAUGGAUCAAAACGAAGGAGAGUUUUUUGACUGUUUUAUUGACGCUAACUGCCAUUUGGUGCGGAAACUGCACGACACCCUUAGCAGCGUGGGUUCGUGUGCUCUGCGUGAGUACCCGCUUCUGGCAAGCGUCCUGGUGAGAUCCGCCAGUCACGAGAUGCCGCCGCUAGUGAGCGACGACUCCCCCGUGACGAGGACCUCGCGAAUGAAAAUGGGGAGCGGUAAUGGGCAUGUGAGGGCGGAACACGACACGGCACAGAAGCCGGGCGUUGAGGCAAACCCAUCCGAUGGGUUGCAUGCAGAAGGCAGCCCGUAUCUCAUCAGCCACGCCGACAUCGACUCAAGCCCCUCGCGGCCCAGCGGCGUGCUUCAGGAGCCAUUAACGCAGCUUCGCCCACCCACGGCGCGGGAUGCACCGGAUGAGCCGGUUCAUUUCGAAGAUGCGUUGAAAGCCACACCAGCCGAUAUACAGGAUCACCACAUGUAA